UUCAUAUUUAUUAUAACAAAAAGUUUUGCUAUACAAAUGUAUAUAAAAUACAUUAUUUUAUUAUUUGUAACAUUUUAUGUUUUAGCUGUAAAUUCCAUCGAUGAAAGGGAAAUAGAAAUGAUAUGGGACACGAUAAGAGGCGACAGUAACUUUAUUAAUUAUGAUCUCCUCAGUAGGCAUUAUAAAGAUGAAGACUCAAGUGAACUCUUAAACGUAGUAGAAACUUACGGCUACAAAAAUGUGUGGCGGUAUCUACUUAAUGUUGAACACAAGAUGACUUUCAUUGAAUUUAAGAUGGCUGCGUCUGAUGGAUGCAUACACAUAUGUUCUAAAACAGCGAUAUUAACGGUAUUUAAGGAAAUAAUCCAAAACGACAAGGGCAGAGAAUAUAUUAUUGAAGAAGAACUAAUUAAAUAUUAUGAAUCUAUAAUUUCUGAAACUAAACUCAUACAAAUUAUGCAAACAUACGGACAAUCGCAAGGGAUACAAAAAUUAGAAUUCCCAGAAUUUAGAAAAGCCGUUGACUUUGGUGAUCUCCCAAAACCGUUGCGUGACGAGGCUGCAAUUAAUGCGGAAAUAGAACAGCUAUUUAACAGGAUAAAGGCUGAUGACGUCCAAGACUAUAUUACCGAUACUGACAUGUGUUGUUAUUUCGAUGAAGCCCAAAACUGUAAACUUUUGAACGUAAUGGAAUCUUACGGUUAUGUAUCUAACAGCUAUUACAGAAUGACAAUUGAUGGUUUUAAAAAUGCUGCAUCUGCAGGUUGCAUACCAAGAUUUAGCUUAAAGUUAAUGAAUGAUGAAUUUAAGAAAAUAAUCCCAAAAGAUGAGAAGAGAGAAAUUAUUACCCCCGAAGAACUAAAUGAAUAUUAUAAAACAAGAGUUCCUGCAUCCAAACUCAACCUGUCAUAUAUUAUAAGUAAUUUUGUGGUAGAUUAUGAUGGAGAAAUCCGAUUAGAUUUUUAUAACUUUAGUAAGGCCAUGAACAGGGGCUUUCUUCCAGAACUGUUCUAUGAUAAAAUUACGGCGAUGUAUACUGUAUUUAAAAAAAUAAUCCCAGAAGAGAAUAGAAAUUAUGCUGUGCUCGACGACAUGAUUGACUAUUAUGAAUCAGAAAUUUCUAAAUUUACACUCAAACGUCUUAUGGAAAAACACGGGACUCGGCAUGGUGGACAACACCGUUUAAGUUUCCUUGACUUUAAAAGAGCCAUAAACUUUAACGAUAUUCCUUUUCCGCAGUGAUGGAAAUUCGAUUCAGACGGUUGCCGAUAACUGUAUCCGGUAACAGUGUAUUGAUACAGUCUAUUUUUAAGAAAAACACUAAAACGUUAAUCAAAAUUACUGGUUCACUCAUAAAAAAAGGUUUAUUUAUUCGCCGUUAUAAUAUAAAACAAAAAUUAUAGUAAUAGUCCCACAA